ACUUUAUUUUUGCAGAUGUCGUUUAGUUUUACAUCUUCCAACACUCCCUAUAUCUACCAUGGGAUCAGAGAGUUGUUGCUGAAAGGGGCUUGCUUUUUGCACCGCUUUUGAUUGUAUUUUAAUUUGUUGGGCACCGCAAGUCUUAACUCAAUUAAAGAACAAAUAACCAAUUGCAAUGACACUCGCACGUACGGCAGAGCACAUGCUUCACGCAAAACAUUCAUCAAUUCAUUCAGGAUAGACGAUAGACGUUUUUUGAGAUUUCCCAGGCAAUGGAUCCCUGUCAAAUUUUGACAUCGAUUUAUUGGCUAGAGACAACCUUUGUAAUGGUUUUUGAAGCAUUUAAUACAAUUAUGCAUUCCUCAAAGCGAGUUGGUAGCGUGAAACUAAAACUACGAUAAAAGUGUAGCCUCCCGCAGUGCCGAGAUUUAGAUUUUUUUUUAUCCAACAUCCGUUUUUUCAUCUUAACGAUUAAAAUCUGAAAAGGUCAUCUAAAUACCAAGGGUGUACAAUUUCGUGAGUUGGAUGUUUUUUUUACAAAAUGGAAGGGUUAAGGACAAUCAACUCUUUGCCUUUGUUGUUUAGUACAUUUUUCAAAUAAUGAUUCAAAUAACAACAGUUUCUUGCAAGAGUACUGAUCACAUAGCCAAUUUCCUUCUCGUUGUUGUCCAUCUUUUGAAAGUAAAUAUCGUUUCUGAUGGUAGUCAAUCAGCUGACGUUUUCGCGGGAAACCAUAAAGAUGUUAUCACCUUGAGCACGCCGAAAAUCACAAAAAGCUGAAGAGUGUUGCCUAAGGGGUCGCUUCACGAGUGGCUGUCACAGUAAUGACUCAUGACAGAAAAUUAUUUCCGAGCUCUAGAGGGUGAAAUUAUAUUCGCUUGUGGUCACACGCAAAGUCGCCCUGAGACGUAACAUUUAAAUAGAACCAAAAAUUUGUUCGUGGCGGAAAUUGCAGCCAUAAAAGGUGUUCUGGUGAUUGCGUUGCAUUUCUCAGUGGAUCGAAAUCUUGGCGUUGUCGUUACGUAUCAGAGAUAUUCAUGCUUGCCAGAGAGUAAUUUGAGGUGUUUUUGGAUGGUUGGGAUUAUGCAAGUGAAAAGAUUGUCGAUUGUGGCGCUGAUUGUGCUAGAGUGUGUCCUUCUGGGCAUUACAAUCUCUUCUGAUACACUACUCGUUGAGACCAAGUAUGGCAAGAUUCUAGGAAGAACGCGGCACUUUCCCGAACAAUUAAACGGCGAUAUAAGGUACGUCAACACGUUCCUUGGAAUUCCUUUUGCCUCACCGCCUGUUAAUCACCUUCGAUUUCGACCUCCAGAACCUCCAGCUGCAUGGAAACCCCAUAUAUAUAAUGCAACUUUUUUCAGAAACGUUUGCCAACAACCACAAAAUUCUUACUUUGAGGACUCGAUACGCAUUGUCUGGCCCGGGUUUACUUGGGAAAAGGACUCGAGCGAAGAUUGCCUGUAUUUGAAUAUUUUUGCCCCAGGAAACAACGCAACAAAUACGAGUGAUCUGUAUCCAGUGAUUAUGUUUAUUCACGGAGGAAGCUACGUGUUCGGCACAACUGCUCGCCAUACCACUCCUGGUGAAGUACUGCCCCGCUGGGGUGUUGUCUUGGUAACAAUUCAAUACCGGCUUGGUCCGUUUGGUUUUCUGACGACUGGCGAUUCAGCCGCGCCUGGGAACUGGGGAUUAUUAGAUCAAGUGCAAGCUCUUAAGUGGAUACAAGAAAAUAUCAAGGCUUUCGGAGGAGAUCCCAACAAAGUUACCAUAUUAGGGGUGAGCUCUGGUGGGGCCAGCGUCGGACUGCACUUGCUGUCCCCUCGGUCCAAAGGACUCUUUCAUCAAGCUAUAGCUGAGAGCGGUGUAGAGUUCUCGCCGUUUGCUUUCCAGUCAGUUAAAGAAGCUGCUUUAAAAACAAAAAUUACUGCCAUGAAACUGGGUUGCAAUUCUGAAAACAGUCACGACAUGAUUAACUGUCUCCGCAAAAAAGAGGCUCAGAGCAUUGUCCUAAAAUAUGUCUGGAAUUCUACAGGACCUGUCAUCGAUAACUACUUCAUAUAUGACACACCUGAAAAUCUCCGCAGAUCGGGCCAGUUUUACCAUGUUCCGCUAAUAGGUGGUUUUAACAGCGAUGAAGGUGCACAUAACACUCCCGAGGUAUACCACCCUCCCACAGAAAUAACGUCGUCUGUUUUUAGAGAUUCCAUCAAGUCAUUCGUCAAAGACCAAAUGGUUCACGAGAAUGAAAAAACCGCUGUCCUGAUUGAAGACGCAAUCGAGUUCCAGUACACACCGUGGAGUGAAGCUUCUGACUCCCCCAGCCUCCGUAAGAAAAUCAUCAACAUUCAGUCAGACUAUUUCGUUGCCGCCCCCACAGUGGAGGUGUUGGGAAUCCACAGCACGAGUGCUCCGACUUACAUGUAUGAGUUUAGUCACAGGUCUAAAGCGGAUACGGAAGAUGCUUGGAUGGGAGUGAAACACGGUGAUAAUACACCGUACGAUUUUGGCGCACCAUUUGUGAACAUUUCAUCGCUGACAUUCACAGAAGAAGAUCAAAAUGUAAGUAGUUUGAUAAUGUCCCUUUAUGCGAACUUUGCUAAGUACGGGAACCCGACACCGCAGGCCGUGCAGGGAAUGACCUGGGGCGAGUUUAACAGGACAACAAGGCUGUAUUUACGUAUUCAAGGCAGACCUGACAUACAGGCUAAUUUUGAGCCACAAAGAAUGGCCUUUUGGAACAGUUACUACCCAAGAUUGUUAAACUUUUCAAAUCACAUCGGACAAGAAGCCAUAUCUGGGACUAACCAUAACGAAGGAGUGGAACGAGUAUCGAAUCCAGGCCUUAUCAGCUUGGUUUUAGCUUCAAUACUAUUUUUCCUUGCACCUGGUCCUGUUUGACUGACAAGUGCAAAUCAACCACAGGAUGAAAGAGAAGCCGCCGUUUAUCAGUACGCGGUUGUGGUUUAUUUGUUCGGGAUGAAACAAUUUCUCCGGGCUUUAUUGCCAAAAAUUCUUCAUGAAAUGCCUUUGGUGGCAGAUUUCUAAUUUUAGUUUAACGAACAGCACUGAGCUGAACAAAAGCCGCAAAUAAGACGAAAGUCCACCAAUUUAACGUUCAUCAAAGUCAGGCUGAAACUACACUCUUGUGAUGAAGCUAAGUGAGAGCCUACAGCUGGAUGUAACAAGAACAUUUUUAGGACAAUGACAGUUCCCUCCCUCAAAAUGCGCUGAUAUAAGUAACCUUCAUAAAUUACUAACAAAGUAUAAUGUCAGUUUAGUACUGAAACUUUAGGUUUGAAUGCCAUUAGGGGUACAUCAUUUUUUCCCUUUAUUCUUUUUUCUCUGAGGUACAAAUUAGGAAAAUUUAAUUCCGAAAAUAAAAAUAUGUGGUUGCUUGAGAGGAGCCAUUUUCGAAUCGCAAGGUGUAGCCCUAAAGUGCUUACAUUUUUCGACUUAAUAUUGCGAUCCAAUAUAUAAACACAGGUUAAUGUGAAGAGACGGGGAACAUAACAAGGAACAGUUCAAAUGCACUCCUUUACAAUGUAAUGGUGGUUAGUUCUAGUAUUGAACUUAAGGGCACGCCUUCUUUGACCUAACAAAGAAUUCCUGGAGAGUUAUGAUACUGAAUUGAAUAUUAUUUCGUGUUUUUAAGAUGACGAGCUUUCUGUAGAACUAAAAAGUAAAAUACUCAGAAAGCGGAUACAAUAUUGCUACUGCUAUAACAAUAGAAGGCUACUAACAUUACCUUAUAAUCCAGAUUUGAAUUAAAAUGCUACAAAUAAUGUUUGUAAAUAUUAUUCAUAAGCCUCAAAACAACAUUUUCACGUUUGUUUCACUUUUACGCGUCUCGCUCAAGAGGCAUGCGGUAAACUAUCACGGAGAUUUUAUUGCAUUUUUGGUCAACACAAUGCUAUUAUUAUGACUGAGUACCUUCACUUGUUCAUAAAAUGCUCUUACAACGCCAAGAUGAAAAUAUUACGUGAAUUUUUGGACGAAUAGCAAAUUGCAAUUAGUUUUCCGCGCUUUUUAUGAUGAAUUUGAGACGCCAAUUUCAAUUUGAUUUCACACCCUUGAGCAUGCGUAACCCCUCAUGUUUAACUCUUUUCAUAGCUACAGUGCUUUUAUAAAGUAAUUUUUAACUAAACUAGACCGUUGCACUAAGGUUUCCAUCAAAUGGCUUUUCAAGGUCAGGCUUGUGAUAACGUUCCUGUAGAAGCGUUACAGUAUUUAAUUGGACGACGAAGUAGUCAAGUUCUAAAUACAACAACUCCAUGUAGUUAGAGAUUUACACUGAGCCAGUUGAUCAGUGGUCGGUUUGAUUACUAACUGACCCAAUCGAGUGGGCGGCUAUCAGCUUGGUCGCAUGAACAAGUGAAGGGGCAGUGUGUUCACAUUGUUCUCUAAUUAAUCACGAACUGGCGUAGGGCGGUUUGUUAUUUGAAGAGACGAGUGUAAAUGAGAAAGACAAAUU